CAUAAAAAGGAGGCCUUUUUGAGGUUCAAAUAUAUUGGGCUCCUCUUCUUGUCUUUGGUCUCUUUGGAAGCACAGGGAGAGAGAGAGAGGGAGAGAGAGAGAGAGAGAUUCAAAGAUGGGGAACAGCCCUACCGUCAAAACGAUACUCGUGAUGUUGCCUCCAAAGUAGAUAGACCAGAUGGCAAACUGUCGACGAUCGAUAUAUUUAAAGUUGAAUCUCUAUGGGAAGACUUUGGGGAACCGAUUGAUGGGAAUACAGCUGGACUCGUUGUAGAAGAAAAACGCUUUUCCAUUGAAAAAGCUGCUGUGGAGACUGAGUUGUCGAACAUGGUUGUUUCUCUUGAUAACAGUGCGUCUGAAGUUGUCAAGGACAUAUGUGUCGACGAAGGGUUGCAUUCUCUCAAUUCCAACUUUGAUCAUUCUGCGGCGAACGGAAAUCAUCGUGAUAUUAUGAAAGAAAUUACAGACGGUGCAGCAGCAGGAAUUACAGGUGAUAUGGAAUCGAGAUCUGUAAAUGGACCCUUGGAUAGCAAUAGCGGUGCAGAACACUUUUUAAGCGAUUCGUUUAGCAGUGGGGACAAGCCAAAAGCAGCUGAAGAGAUUACAGGUGAUAUCUGUAGCGGGAAGAUCAGUUUAAAGGAUUUACUGUCUGCCAAUGAUUGUGCCUCAGAGCCCCAGAAAUCGAGCCCUAUCAGUUUAAACUUCAGCAGCAGCGAUCGUAAGCGAUCUUUCAACAGCAGAACAGUUGAGCAGGAUACAGUGAAGGAAUACUACGCAGUCACAUCUGUCGCAUCUGAAGCUGCUACGCUCAACCAAACAAGUAAAAUCAAGGAGAGUCCUACUAACGGAAUCACAAAGGGCUCGCUAGAAGAUCGUUCCGGUACCAUUACUGUGUUUUUAAAUAAAAAUGAGUCCAGCCAAAGUAGCGCGCCAAGUGCGCAUAUUGCUAAUGGCUCAACACUAUUUGAGCCAGUCGAAGCAAAUUCCUAUGAUGAUGGAGUUGAUAUAGACGACUUUAAUCCGAGGGCCAGAGAGACAGGUGGAAUGGAUGGGGGCGAAAGAACUACUAAAGAUAGUGAGCAACUUAAUCGCGCUGAAAAGGGUCCUGCCGUUGACGGGUCCAAAGUCGACGGUGCGACAAAUUCAGUUCGAAAUUCUGUUCAUCACUAUGACGGGGAUAUGAUAAUGUCUGGACCUAUCAUUUCAUCUGGCCCAAAAGCUUCGUCCGGUCAUAUACCGUAUUCUGGAAGUAUCUCUCAUCGGUCGGAUAGUAGCACGACGAGUACUCGCUCCUUUGCAUUUCCCAUACUCCAAACCGAGUGGAACACUAGCCCGGUGAAAAUGGCGAAGGCGGAUCGGGGACGCUUCCGGAAGCACCACGGCUGGAGAGUGGGACUCUUCUGCUGUAGAUUCUGAAUAGCUUGUUCCAUUAUUUAUCAUCCAAAUUUUCGAACCUGGUUCUGAAACCUCAGUUUUAAUUUCCUGCCUCUACUAUCCUGCUUUAUUUAUUCCACAGCAGGUUAAUUGUCUGGGUUAUGUAAGCAGAAAUGUGGCUUUUAUUCUUCUUUUUUUUUUUCUGUAAAAUUUGAGUUUCUUUGGAACAAGGGACAAUUUGAGAUGUCGCCAUUUUAUAAUGUAAAUACGUUGAGAUUUAUGCGGUUGAUCUGAGAGCAAUUCUAUGGUGGUAAUGUACUGAAUCUUUUGUUGAUUAGAGCAAUGCUAUUUAUACACUCAA